UUCCGGCUCAUGGGACCUUGCCAUCCCAGGUCUGCCUGCUCGCGACAAUAUUUCUUUAAGAGUGAUUAACAAUGAAUUAAGAUAGUCAGUGUGUUGGCUUUGUUCUGUCGCGCUGAGAACAGUUGUAAAGCCAAAUGAGCGUUUGGAUGGUUCAUUCCGAAUUUUUUUGUCAUCAGAGCGUAAUGUUUCUAUGUCCAGAUGUACCGAAAUUAAUUAAUUCAGUAUGUUAAUGAGUUGCGGCGCAUUAAUAGUUGUCUCAAUUUUGUCGAUUUCGUUUGCUUUUAAUUGUAUUCUAUUUCUUUUUUGAUCUCUCAAACCCCGUCAGCUGGCGGGAUGAGGAAGUUCCAGGUGCUAGCGUCAUGUAGGCGCGGUUUUCUUAAUGCUCGUGACAGGGAAAUUAAGAUUUCUACGAGCAACAGUCAGGCAUUACGUUAUGCCAGUCUUACCGAUGAGCUGCUGGCUAGUAGGAUGACAUCUUGCAUUGCAUUCAAUCGAUAUAUUACAAAUGGAUCUUGUUACUUGAGACCGAAAAUAACUUCAAACUCUGGAGACCCUCGUACGAGCGAGGCCGGUGGCGGCGCUAGUUUACUCGUGGACCCUGGCCCAGAAGAAGGUAACACUCGAGACACCGCGACCAGGGAGAUGGGGCGGUCGGAUAAGAGGUCGCCUCGCAGCUCCCUGCGUCGCGCUAACACUCAGGCUGAUCUAAAAUUUUACUCAUCGAGUGCAAAAGCUGACUUCAUCCAAGGCCUGCUGAAAGAAUUUAGCUCAUCGAAAGGUAAUCCCUUGAGCGCGUUCCCAAAAUCAACGCCUGAAGUUUUCGGCGAGAGCGAUGAUUUCGGUUCCGUGGCUGGGCGCCUGGAACCUGCGGUGUACGAAGAGGAUGAGAAGGACGAGGAGAGGCUUGCUUUGCUCCCCCCGCACAACCAGCAAGAGCUGCAGAAUCAGUACACCGAGAGUAUACAAGCCCUCUGUGACGAAGGCAAAUUUGCUGACGCCCUCGCCCUCCUGGAGGAGGAGAUGCCGAGCAAGAAGGUUCGUCCCAUCCCCUACCACUACAGGCUCCUCAUCGGCGCCGCAGCCAAACUCGGACUCGCUGAUACAGCUUUCGAUCUUUUCUCUCAGCUCGUGCGUCACGGCCACACCCCCAAGCCGCUGCUGUACUCCUACCUCUUCAUCGCGUGCGCCAACGACGCGCACCCCACGCGUCACGCGCCGCGCAUCAUGCGCCAUAUCAAACCCAACAUCAUCAUAAUGGUGAACUUGGCGAAGACCGCGGUGUCCACGAACCAAUACGACUACUCAGCCAAGCUGGUGAGUUGGGUGAAGCAGCAUCGCAUCCGCCCCAACGCCACGUUCAUCGAGCUCAUGGAGGAGGCCAGGGCUCGGGCCAAGCAAGACCUUAAAGACAUGGAGAACGAUGUCUCCGCGUCGUCGCGGCAGAAGGCGCGGCAGCGGAGGAAGUUCCUGGCGACCUACAGCCUCUGGCUCCGCAGCGCCCCGCUGGCCAGCGCCCAGACCAACGACAAGCAGAAGCACGCCCGCGCCACGCCAUAA